GCUGUACCAUAGGAAUUUGUUAAAGGUUGACGCGGUAGUCUAAUUACUGCUUUGGUUUUCCACUUUUAUAUUUCUUGAUUCCGACCUGUCUAAGAUGAAGAACUGGCAUAAAUAAACAAAUAUAGUCGAAUAUAAUACUUUUGUAUACAAUAGAGAAAUUAAGAAAACAAAAGAAUUCCCUGAGUUGAGUUUUUAAUGUGUUGUGUCUGUUUGUUGUAAAUUUUCUUUGGCCUGCCAUGAUGAUGACUGAUUAUCUCAGAAAUGUUAAUUACUUUUGUUUCAAUCUGACGGUUCACGGAGAGUUCAUGUGAGGAAAUGACUCUCUGACUCCCCCGUCUGUUAAAAUGGUAAAAUACUCGUGAAAUCUCAAUAAUAUCAAUAAAAACAAAUAGAAAAAGUAAGAUCUGUGCCCUAAUAUUUACGUUAAGAAACUCUUCCAGAGGCAACAUGGUAUUUGUAACUAUUCUUACCACGUAUUACCUACGUAGUACUAUGUAUGACGUGUACUCUCUCUUCCACUGUAUGACCACGAGUCUUUAAGGAUGCGGUUUAAGGCUCCAGUAAAAAAACACAAUUUUAAAAUAGUUUUCAUUAAAACAACGAGUUUGUUUUAUGUUUAAAAAUGCUUAAUUUUUCUAAUGGUACAAUGGGAAAUGUCGACACCUCCUGGCUGAACAUCGACAUCAACGUAACAGAACUUUUCAAGGACACAACGCUUACCCCGCCCUUCUUCAAUUUUAUUGGUUGUAUUUUACACUCACGUACGUUGAUUGGACGCCAAGACGUCCACUGAAAGGCAAAGCAGGAAGUGUGCAGGAGAAAACGGCACCGGUGAGAAACUCCACUAGAUGGUAGAAGAGGUCCUGUGUAAGACGCUCCCGUUGACACAGUUAGCUCCUCAGUAGUAACUCAUCCUAAGGCCAGACAGUGGAAAUCAAUACAAUGACCUGAAGAAAUGUUUUCUGAAUGAUGUCCGCCUCCAGGAAACUGGCAUCUUUCCGUCUCCCGCCCCUGCCAACGAUCGGCGAGCUCAUAAAGUUGUACAACCUGCGAGCUGAGAAACAACUGUCCCAGAAUUUUCUUCUGGACUUGAAGCUAACAGACAAAAUAGUGCGCCAAGCAGGCAAUUUGAAGAACGCUCACGUCUGUGAGGUGGGCCCUGGUCCUGGGGGUCUUACACGCUCCAUCCUCAAUGCUGGGGUGGCGGAUUUGGUUGUUGUGGAGAAGGAUUCACGCUUCAUACCAGGACUGAAGCUGCUGUCAGAUGCAGCACCGGGGAAGUUGCGGAUUGUCCACGGGGACAUACUCACCUACAGGAUGGACCGAGGAUUCGCAAAAGAUGUCUCCAGGCCCUGGGAGGAAGAUCCUCCGAACCUCCACAUCAUAGGAAAUCUCCCGUUCAAUGUCUCCACCCCUCUCAUCAUCAAGUGGCUGGAGGACAUGUCAAACAGGACGGGUCCUUUCACCUUUGGACGCACGAGACUCACGCUCACCUUCCAGAAGGAAGUGGCAGAGCGGCUGUCGGCAAGCACAAGCAGCAGACAGAGGAGUCGUCUGUCCGUCAUGGCUCAGUAUCUCUGCCAAGUCCACAACUGCUUCACCAUCCCUGGACGAGCCUUCGUCCCAAAGCCAGAGGUGGACGUGGGGGUCGUUCACUUCACUCCUCUGGCCCAGCCUCAGAUCCAGCAGCCCUUCAAGCUGGUGGAGAAAGUGGUGAGAAAUGUGUUCCAGUUUCGGAGGAAGUACUGUUACAGAGGAAUAGAGAUGUUGUUCCCGGACGCCUGCCGCAUUGAGCUGACACAGGAGAUGAUGCAGAGAGCCGACGUGGACCCCUCGCUGCGGCCCACAGAACUCACCAUACCCCACUUCAAGGCUUUGGUUGAUGCCUAUGCUCACCUGUGUGCCAGUGAACCCAGUCUCCUCAGCUAUGAGCACAGAGAGGAGCUGCAGCUGAGGCACCAUCAGAAGAAAACCAAGAGACCAGCGGACACGUUAAUGGACACCACACCUGGUCCUCUGCUGCCCUGCUGAAAACAGAGAGAGGAACAGGAGCUGCUCACUAACGGCCUGUGGAAACACGGCCUGACAACAGACUGCUCUUAGCCCUGACAUUUUCACCUGGCAUCAACAUGCAUUUUUAAAACUUUCCUCCCCUCACCCAGGGAGCCAGAGUUACCUAACAUUCACAUGAAGGGUGGACACACGGAGCAGGAGAAAGUACAAGUUGAGGUGCUGAGAUGUGUAUUUUUAGACAGAUAAAAGUAACAUAAAAAUAACUCACAGUAAUAUUUCUAAGAGCGACUAUCUGCCUUGAUCCUUUUCUUUUUUUUUUUUUUAGAUCUAGCCCACAUGAAAUCCGGUCCCUGUGGGACCUGAGAGAAACGUCAAGAAUCUUUCAGGGUGAUUGGUUGGUUCACUGUC